CAUGAUCCAUGGUGUGCGUUGGUGAAAUCUACAACAACUUCUUUUUUUGUCUUCAGGUUGGCAAGAUUUGAGCAUUUUACUUAGCAGUCAAUUGUUGUCCAGUGACAGUGAGUAGUAACUUCCCCAUCGCUGAACUGCCACGACCAUUUUCUUGAUUACUAUUACUUGGCGCAUUGCAAUAUGAAGGCGGUACUUCAACGAGUCAAGUCCGCCUCGGUCACCGUCGACGGACAACUUGUGUCGUCGAUCGGCCAGGGGCUGCUUGUGCUUGCCGGUGUAGGCAAAGAGGACACGGAAAAAGAUGCCGAUACGAUGGUUGGCCGAAUAUUGAAAGCCAAGCUUUGGUCCGAUGAGAAUGAGAAACCGUGGAAGAAGAACGUCCAAGAUAUCGAUGGAGAAGUGCUUUGCGUGUCACAAUUUACCCUCUAUGGCGAGUUGAAGAAGGGAAGCAAGCCGGACUUCCACGCCGCAGCCGAUGUGGAGACUGCGCGCAAACUCUACGACUACUUUUACCAAAAACUGAGCAACAGCUACAAGCCUGAGCGGGUGAAGAAUGGCAUCUUCCAGGCGAUGAUGGAGGUCGAGCUCAAAAACGACGGGCCGGUGGGUGUAGAUUACCGCAGUGAAGAUGCGGUGGUCACGAUCGAGAUCAACACCCAACUACCCAAGAAGGAGAAGAAGGAGAAGGAGGCCGAGCCGCAAGAAACGCGGCCUCAGACUUUCGAGUUCAAGAUACCCGCGGAGUUAUUGGAUUGAUUGAUGGAAGGGCGUCACGAUGAAAUUACGAAAAAGAAUGAUCCCUCGAGAUUCAGGUCGGUUCAGGUGUAUAUAAAAAGUUCCUUAUAGACAUACCCAUAAAUAGAUUUGGG